CUCAGUUGGUUGCAAUCUGCAAACACACCACUAGAUGCCGCCAAAUCCUACACACUGUACCUUUUUGCUGAUAAUACUGUACUUCUGUAAUCUUACUUAAGUAGUAUUUUGAAUGUAGGACUUUUACUUGUAACUUAGUAAAGGAUCUGACUACCACUUAAUCAAGCUCUGGCAUGUAACGUGUCCUUUUAAACUAUUUGCUUUUCAGACAGGACAGUAUUUUCUGGACAUGUUUUAUGAUAACUUCAAGCCUGAUAUACAGAAUCUAUUUUGACUGAUACUGAAUAUCGCGCUCUUGCCUGUAUUCUUGGCUCUUUCGUGUGAAGAAGCACACACUUGAUAAAUGUAGCUACAAAACUAAACACGGCGCCAAAACAUAUUAUUUACCUAACUGACGAGGCAACGACCUCUUCGGGAAGGACUUUUUUGAGAUUGGCAGUUGAGGGUUUUUUAAAAAAGGACAUUUGAUGGCUUCAGCAUUAACGGUGUGAUGUAAUGCAAUCAGGAAAUGUCCCCCAUAAGCCGCGCAGAAACCCAUCCAUUCUCAGGAAGUGUAUUUUAAGGUUGGCUCACGGUCGAGAGCGGCGUGGCCCACGGCUCCCAGAAUGGGGGUUUUGAAACGGGAUGAUGAGGGGGGAAACUAGGGCUUAGUAGGGAGUGGGUGUGGGGCGGCAAAGGUUGCCUUGAUAUUGGUAAUAAAUCUAAAUGGUUUCUUUUUGGCAGGAAAAAGGAAAUACUGCCCCAUGUAGUGCUUACUGAGAAAAGAGACCAGUCAGUUGUGAGUGAUUUAAGGAUGGGGGUUAGAUGAGUGAUGAGGUUAAGAUGGAGUGAUUGAAGUCUUGCGUCUUGUGAAAGAGGGGUUAAAGUGUCAUGUAGCUGGGUGGUGGUGGGGUCGUAAAAUAACGGAUAAGGGGUGCGGAGGCGGAAGCUUAGUGUGUUUGGUGCCCCGUGUAAAAUAGAAGGUAGUGGAGAGAGGAGUCAGCCCGGUAAGAUAAGUUGGCAUGCUGUCCUGUUUAUCGGAGGGAUGUGAGGCGCAGAGCGAAGGCUCAGCCAGGAAGGAAUGAGCAGAGUCAUCGGGCCGCUGUAACACGACGCUCCGUCUUGAUUGCCUGGAGCAGCUGGGCAGCCACCGUAUCCGUGCGAGCGUGUGCGUCUCCUCGACAUGUGUGUGAAUGCAUAAUUUUCUGUUUGAGUGAGGUGGUUUGAGGAGGCUUCAUUAAUGUGUGUGAUCAGUGGCUAUCUCGUGUUGCCAUGUCGAUAGCCACAUCUCAUGUCUGUCUUUUAACGCUUCUCUCUUUACAGCCUUUAACCAGCUUGUUUGUCUGUUUUGGUGAUUAAUGCCAUGUCUGUAUUCUUUCAUUCUUUAAUUUAACAGACUUUAUUUCAAGUGACGACGUCUCAAGGCGACAGCCACAAAUUUAUGCUUUAUAGAAUUUAUUUUUGAUUGAUCUGAGGAUUUUGUUCAACAACUUUCCUCAAAUCCUUUUGUUAUUAGCUUAAGGCCCAUUUAUAGUUAUGUUGUGUCACUGUUUUUGUCCUCAAAAUAUUUUGAAAUGCAUAUCAAAGCUAACUUGCAAUCGUUUCAACUUCAACAUUUGCAAAAUGCACAUUGAUAUGUUGCUCUCUGGCAAAUAUAUUUUCCAUCUCAACUUGUUUUAGUUAAGGUUUAUGCAGUUAUUGAUUAAUAAAUACCAUCUUCAGGUUAAGUGUUUGUAAAAUGACAUGAUAGUAAACAACUAUUAUAACUAUAACUAUUCAAGCAGUGGUAUCUUUUGUUUUAUAUUGGAGGGUCCAAAUAGCUAAUUUAAAGGAUAAUUUAUCAGCAUCAGAAACGGUUUAUUGCACAUACAAGGAAUAUGACAUGAUGAUGUGCAUAACAAUAAAGACAGUGCAGAAGUAUAAAGACAUAAUAUCAAAUACAAAUACAUGAAGGAAAAAUAAGUAUAUAUAAACUAUAUCUGUAAUUAAAGUGUCUUUUAUUAUGUCCAUGCUAGCAGGAGCCUAACCUUAGCUGCUCCAGACGAAACCAGACUGGUUGCUGAACACAUCAAAGGAUGUAAGCGAAUGCCACUUGGACCCGAUACGGAGCGUCUGCUAAGCUAAUAAGUAAUCUGAUGUACACAAGUAAUGUCAUGGUCUCUUUAGAGCGGUGGGAAAGUCCGAGCUCUCGUCCCGAAUGCGUCCAGUCAUUUUGUUACCAUCUUGACACUUUUAACUGCUCGUGGUGUCGAGAGGGGUGCAGGGUCAGAUAUGUGGGGCGCAGGGUGGAGGGCAGCAGGGUGAGGGGGUUUGGAUAUAGAUCAAAGACACGUAUGGAGGCAUAAACUUUUAACACAGUGGUUCCCAACCUUUUUGGCUUUUGACCCCUGGUGUGUCUACACGUGACCCCUCAUCACACGGUUAAAAUGUUUUGAGCAGUUCCAACAUACCCUACAGGGAUUGUGUCAUUUAAAUAAUCAACACAAGAAGUAUGGUGUGUGUGUGUGUUCAGUUUGUAGGUCGGUAGGCACUCCAGAUACCCAAAAGUAUGAGCACAAGCACUGCAAACUCCUUCUAGGGAAACCCCUGUGUGGUGGUAUCCCUUCGCAAUGCGAAGAUGGCGCCCCUGCUCCCUCGCCGAGGCGCCGACGCGUUCCGCCCCUUCACCCAGGAAUCGCUGGCGGAGAUCGAGAGGCUCAAGGAGGAAGCAACAAAAAAGGCCGCAGCAGUAGAGGGCCAUGCUGGGAGGGAGGAAGAGCCAGCGGUCCCGAACGCUGGUCUGGAGGCGGGCAAGAGUCUGCCCAUGAUCUACGGAGACCCUCCAUCAGAGAUGCUCAACACACCUCUGGAGGACCUGGACCCCUUCUACAACGCGCAGCACACAUUCAUUGUGGUCACCAAAGGAAACACAAUCUUCAGGUUCAACGCUGAGCCGGCUUGCUACCUUCUGAGCCCCUUUAGCUUGCUUCGAAGAGGAUCCAUCAAAAUUCUCAUACAUUCAUUAUUUAGCCUGUUCAUCAUGAUUACGAUUCUAUCGAAUUGUGUAUUCAUGACGAUGAGCAACCCACCAGCAUGGAGUAAAACUGUUGAGUAUGUUUUUACUGGCAUCUAUACCGUUGAGGCAACCAUCAAAGUGCUGUCAAGAGGUUUCUGUGUUGGAUCUUUUACAUUCCUUCGAGAUCCAUGGAAUUGGCUGGAUUUCAUGGUGAUCAGCAUGGCAUACGUCACUGAGUUUGUUGACCUUGGCAACGUGUCAGCCCUCAGGACAUUUCGUGUACUUCGAGCCCUUAAAACAAUUACUGUGAUUCCUGGUUUGAAAACCAUCGUGGCCGCUUUGAUCCAGUCAGUGAAGAAGAUGGUGGACGUCAUGAUCCUCACCGUCUUUGCCCUCGCUGUUUUCGCCCUCAUUGGUCUUCAACUCUUUAUGGGAAAUCUGCGUCAGAAAUGUAUCCGAUGGCCCAUCGAUACAAACGAAACCGCGUUCGAAUUUUUUAACACCACCGGCACAUUUAACGACAGCCUGUCCUUCAACAACACCAUGGGCGUCAAUGAUACAACAUAUUCCAACAAUACCUUCGAUUUCAUUGAGUAUAUUGAAAACGCAGACAAUCACUAUUAUUUGGAAGGCAGCCUGGAUGCUAUACUGUGUGGAAACAGCUCUGAUGCUGGAAAGUGCCCAGAAGGAUACACAUGCAUGAAGGCUGGGAGGAACCCCAACUAUGGCUACACCAGUUUUGACUCGUUUGGCUGGGCCUUCCUGGCCCUCUUCAGACUCAUGACCCAGGACUACUGGGAGAACCUCUUCCAGCUGAUCCUGCGGGCGGCUGGUAAGACAUACAUGCUGUUCUUUGUGGUGAUCAUCUUUCUGGGCUCCUUCUACCUCAUCAACCUCAUCCUGGCUGUGGUAGCCAUGGCGUAUGAUGAACAGAAUCAAGCAUCUCAGCGAGAGGCCAUAGAGAAAGAGGAGGAGUUCCAGCGGCUACUAGUGCAACUCAAGAAUCUUGAGGAAGAGGCUCAAGCUCUUGGGAGCCGAGUCACACUGACCAGUAAGAAGUCGCUCAGUCAUCACAGCAUAUCCGAGUUGACAGCUGAUGAACAGAAUCCUGAACAGGAUGAAAUCAUCAAGGAUUGUAACGGGAGAAUCAUUCCCCGUCUGUUAAUCAGAGCGCCCACCAUGGUCAAGUCUGCUACAGACCACGAACUCAGAGAGAAGUCAAUUGGCUCUGAGCACAGCAUGCUUCAUCUGGACGAACCAGGCCUGUCACAAAGGCGUGCUAGUGCUCUGUCGGUGCUCACUGCAGCUGCUUUGGAAGAGUUGGAGGAGGCUCAGAGGCCGUGCCCACCCGGCUGGUACAAGUUUGCUAACACGUUCCUGAAGUGGGAUUGCUGCCCGCAAUGGGUGUUCUUUAAAAAGUGGAUGCUCUUUGUGGUGAUGGACCCUUUUGUCGACUUGGGCAUCACCAUCUGCAUCGUGCUCAACACCCUCUUCAUGGCCAUGGAGCACUACCCCAUGACCCCAGAGUUUGACUACAUGCUCUCAGUGGGGAAUCUGGUUUUCACUGGGAUCUUCACAGCGGAGAUGGUCUUCAAGCUGUUUGCCAUGGAUCCCUACUACUACUUCCAAGUUGGCUGGAACAUUUUCGACAGCAUCAUCGUCUCUCUCAGUCUGGUGGAGUUGGGGCUGGCGAAUGUCCAGGGGCUGUCUGUCCUCCGGUCCUUCCGUCUGCUUCGUGUCUUCAAACUAGCAAAGUCCUGGCCCACGCUCAACAUGCUGAUCAAGAUUAUUGGUAACUCAGUAGGAGCUUUAGGAAACCUGACUUUGGUGCUCGCCAUCAUCGUCUUCAUCUUCGCCGUGGUGGGUAUGCAGCUCUUUGGCAAGAACUACAAUGACUGCGUGUGCAAGAUCUCCUCAGAGUGCGAGCUGCCGCGCUGGCACAUGCACGACUUCUUCCACUCGUUCCUCAUCGUGUUCCGCAUCCUGUGCGGGGAGUGGAUCGAGACCAUGUGGGACUGCAUGGAGGUGGCCGGAACUGGGAUGUGUUUGGUUGUCUUCAUGAUGGUCAUGGUCAUUGGAAAUCUAGUGGUGUUGAACCUCUUCCUGGCGUUGCUGCUCAGCUCGUUCAGCGGAGACAACCUCUCCACGGACGACGACGGAGAGAUGAACAAUCUCCAAAUCGCCAUUGGCAGGAUCACACGAGGCAUCAACUGGUUCAAAGCGUUCGCCGUUCGAACCGCCCUGCAGAUGCUCGGCAGAAAGCCCAAGGAGCCCGAGGAGGGCCCGGCGGACGACGAGGACCCUAAAACUGAGGAUAUUGAAAUGAACCACUUGGACACCGGUCAGAAUUUAAAAAUGGCAGAUGGGAUACCUAAUUGUUUGGUUGAAGGCCGGCCUUCUGGAUUUAUUGUGGAUGGGGAGUUCAGUUUCAAUGUGCCAAUUGCUCAGGGAGAGUCAGACUUUGAAAACCUGGGCGAGGAUGAUGAGGAUGACGCUAACGACUCGGACAUUUCAGAUGAGAAAAAUAAUUUGGGAAACUUAGACGAUGAUUUGCUGGGAAAUGUCAAACUAAUAGGUGCUUUGAAUGAUGGGGAUUCUUCAGUGUGUAGCACAGUGGACUAUCAACCGCCUGAGCCUGAACCAGAAGAAGUGGAAGAAGAAGAGCCGGACCCAAUAGAGCCAGAGGCCUGCUUCACUGACGAGUGUGUGAAGCGCUGGCCGUGUCUGACGGUGGACAUCACCGAAGGCAAAGGCAAGAAGUGGUGGAACCUCCGUAAGGCUUGCUUCACUAUUGUGGAGCAUGACUAUUUUGAAACGUUCAUAAUCUUUAUGAUCCUCCUCAGCAGCGGAGCUCUGGCCUUUGAAGAUAUACACAUAGAAAGACGCCGAACCAUCAAAAUUAUUCUGGAGUACGCUGACAAAGUUUUCACCUACGUCUUUAUCAUCGAGAUGCUCCUUAAAUGGGUCGCAUAUGGCUUCAAGACCUACUUCACCAACGCUUGGUGUUGGCUGGACUUCUUCAUUGUGGAUAUUUCCCUGAUUAGUUUAUUUGCCAACUGGGCGGGAUACUCUGACCUUGGACCAAUCAAAUCCCUCAGGACUCUCAGGGCACUGAGGCCUCUUCGAGCGCUGUCGAGAUUUGAAGGGAUGAGGGUGGUGGUGAACGCUCUCGUUGGAGCGAUCCCCUCUAUCUUCAACGUGCUGCUGGUGUGUCUGAUCUUCUGGCUCAUCUUCAGCAUCAUGGGAGUCAACCUGUUUGCUGGGAAGUUCUGGCGCUGCAUCAACACCACCACGGCAGAGCUUUUCCCCAUGACGGAGGUCAACAACAGGAGCGACUGCAUGGCCGUCAAAGAGGCCACGCAGGAGGCCCGCUGGGUCAACGUCAAGGUCAACUAUGACAAUGUGGGACAAGGCUACCUGUCGCUGCUUCAAAUUUCAACUUUUAAAGGCUGGAUGGACAUCAUGUAUGCUGCCGUCGACUCAAGAGAGGUCGAGGAGCAGCCUUCUUAUGAGAUCAACCUCUACAUGUACAUUUACUUUGUCAUCUUCAUCAUCUUUGGCUCUUUCUUCACACUCAACCUCUUCAUUGGUGUCAUUAUUGACAAUUUCAACCAACAAAAGAAAAAGGGAGAUAAAGACCUCUUCAUGACUGAAGAACAAAAGAAGUACUAUGAAGCCAUGAAGAAACUUGGAUCCAAGAAGCCACAGAAGCCGAUUCCACGUCCAACGAACCCAAUCCAGGGAGUUGUGUUUGACUUCAUCAGUCAGCAGUUCUUUGACAUCUUCAUCAUGGUGCUCAUCUGCCUCAACAUGGUGACCAUGAUGGUGGAGACGGACAACCAAAGCGUGGAGAAGGAGGACUUCCUCUUUAAAAUUAACUUGGCUUUCAUUAUCGUCUUCACCGGAGAGUGCGUGUUGAAGCUCUUUGCCCUGCGGCAAUACUUCUUCACCAACGGGUGGAACGUGUUUGACUUUGUUGUGGUCAUCUUGUCCAUAGCUGGUAUAAUGCUCUCAGACAUAAUUGAGAAGUACUUUGUGUCACCAACUCUGUUCAGAGUGAUCAGACUGGCCAGAAUAGGCAGGAUCCUGCGUCUUAUUAAAGGAGCGAAGGGCAUUCGGACGCUUCUCUUCGCUCUAAUGAUGUCACUUCCUGCCCUAUUCAACAUUGGCCUCCUGCUCUUCCUCAUCAUGUUCAUCUUCUCCAUAUUUGGCAUGUCAAACUUUGCCUAUGUCAAGAAGGAAGCUGGAAUCGAUGAUAUAUUUAAUUUUGAGACAUUUGGCGGCAGCAUUAUCUGCUUGUUUGAGAUAACGACGUCCGCCGGCUGGGAUGGGCUUUUACUGCCGAUGCUGAACAAAGAGUUUCCGGACUGUGACCCAGACUUUGAGAACCCAGGCACGGAUGUAAAGGGGAACUGCGGCAAUCCGCUCAUGAGCAUGACGUUCUUCUGCGGCUACAUCAUCGUCUCGUUCUUAGUGGUGGUCAACAUGUACAUCGCCAUCAUCUUGGAGAACUUUAAUGUGGCGCAGGAGGAGAGCGGCGACGCUCUCUGUGAGGAUGACUUUGAGAUGUUCAAUGAGACGUGGGAGAAGUUUGACGUGGACGGAACUCAGUUCAUUGAGUAUAGCCGCCUCUCAGAUUUCUGUGACACCUUGCAGAUCCCUCUGAGGGUUGCCAAGCCCAACCGGCUCCGCUUGAUGGAAAUGGAUCUUCCCCUGGUCAUCGGGGACAGGAUCCACUGCCUGGAUGUCUUGUUGGCCGUCACACAGAUGGUCUUGGGAGACACGGUGGAGAUGGCGGCAAUGCGGUUGAGCAUCGAGGCCAAGUUCGUCCUGAGCAACCCCACCUCAGACUCCUUUGCACCGAUCACCACGACGGUGCGCCACAAAGAAGAGCAGAUGGCUGCUGUAAUCAUUCAGAGGGCUUACCGCCACCACCUGCUCAAACGCUGCGUACGCCACGCCGCUUUUAUGCACCGCUGUAAGAGGGUGGGUAGGAAGGACGAAGGUGAAGAUCCACCAGAGAAAGAGGGCAUGCUCGCACGAAGGAUGGGAGUGCUCUAUGGGAGCGACGUGGACCUUGCGGAGGAUAUGGAGCAGGCUGAUUUAGAAACUCUUGCACGCCGACAGCCUCCUAAUCCUGAGACACUGUCAGAACCCCCCGAGCCAAAUAUCCUGGUUGUACCUGUAGAAAUCACUAAUGAGGUUUUAUUACAUUCUGCCCCGAACCCUCACCUCUUUAUCCUACAUGCAAAUCUGAGAGAGACAAUAGUAUAACAAACAGCAGAAGACAAUUCAUUAUGUCCUCAACCCUGUCAAGGAAGCAGAAUCCUAUUCCUGCUUACUUUAAGUCCCUUUUAUGUGAAUCUCUACAUGCUAAUUCUUUCAAUUAGACACUAAAGGAUUUUCUAUGGUGGAGUUAGUUUUGUACAUAAAUAAGGCUAAUCUUGAUCACAUCUAUCCCAGUCCAGACCCGUGAAACCCUGAUCUCUGUUAUUCUUUAUUAGUAAACAAUAACAUGGGCCAGCUAAUGCAGUUAACAUGAGAAGGCCCAGUUUAUAUUGCACUAUUUAUAUCCCUUCCAGGUCAAGUUAGAGCAGUUGACUGUGUAAUACUGAGAGACCGUCCUGUUUGUUUUUCUAAGAUGAUUUCAUCAUUGACAUAUACAUAUGCAUGUCUUAUAAAUGUUUUGUCUAUUUGUCGAUUCGGCUGUUAUCAGCUCAUUAAAUGGGGCGUUAUCAGUUGUUAUGAGCCUCAUAGAUGUGGGUCAGUAGGGGACCUACUACACCUACUGCGUUAUCAAAGUAAAAGCAACACAUUCAAACAU